AAAAAAUAUAACCUUUCACUUUCAAUUCAAGUGCCUUUCAGUCUUGUGAUAAUUCGAAAGUUUUGUUAAUUAUUAUAUUAAUAUAAUUAUAUCAAACAAUCAGAUAAGUAUACCAGUAAGUGUGGUAUGGUGGCUAAGUGUUGUAUCAGUUUAAUAUAAUUUUUUAUUAUUAUAAAUAAUAUAAAUAUAAUGUCGGAAUCAACAAUUAAAUUAUACCACUUCGCUCCGAGCUCACCUUCGAGAGGAGCACUAUUGGCUGCAAGAGUUAUAGGAGUGCCGGUUGACGUGAUUAUUUUAGACUUGUUCAAGAAGGAACAACUGAAUGAAAGUUUUAUAAAAAUCAACCCACAGCAUUGCGUGCCUACAUUGGAUGACAAUGGCUUUGUUAUUUGGGAAAGUAGAGCUAUAGCUUGUUAUUUGGCUGACAAAUAUGGAAAGGACGACACUCUGUAUCCUAAGGAUCUGCAGCGCCGCGCCAUGGUCAACCAACGUCUGUACUUUGAUAGCUCGUUUUUGUACCCCAAGAUAAGAGCUAUUUGUUAUCCAAUCAUAUUUGAGGGUGCAACAGAAAUCAAGGAUAAGCUGAAAGAUGAUCUGAACAAUACACUUAAUUUCCUCAACCAAUUCCUAGAUGCCAACAUGUGGGUUGCUGGGGACAAUGUUACAAUUGCUGACACUGCAAUCACUGCCUCAAUGACUGCAUUACGUGAAGUGGGUUGGGACUUUACUAGUUAUCCCAAUAUCCAAAGAUGGCUCAAAGACUGCGCUACUUUGCCAGGAUAUGAAGAAAACCUAGAAGGUGCAAAAGCAUUUGGCGCUUUGGUAAAGAAAAACUUGAAACAGUAAACUGCAAACAUAUUUUUAUAUAUUAUACAUACAAUAUCAAGACAUUCUUAUAGCUAUAAAAUAUUGUUAUAUUAUUGUGUAAUAAUAAAUUUUUUUUUAUCUAUAAAACUUUAAAA